AUGUUUGAUGGAAAUGUCAGGGGCGUUUCUCCAGACAAAGUCCCGCAAAAAAUUGAGGUUGUUGUUAUUCUGAAGCACUACAAUAAAAACGAUGAGCAAAGGGUCUCAAAGUACAUCGAAACUGCUUUCAUGGAAGCCGUAAAGAAAUAUGACGUUGCAGUUUUCACUUCUCAGGAUAGGAAAGCAUUAAACACUUAUCAAGAAGAAGCAGCAUUCUUUGCUUCUGAAGAUGUGAAGGAACAUAUACAAUUCUAUGUCAAAAGAUUGUUCGAAGGACGACAAAGAGUAACGUCAGUGACAACAGGAUGUGUGAAACUCAAGAUUCAAUGCGAAACAGUCAGGGCAGUAAUUGAUCUGUUGGAACAGAGCAUUGAUGGCCUCCUAACUGUUAACCUAGUGACGUUGGAGGAUAAAAUACGGCUGAUCCAUGGGCAUGAGCUGUUUGAUGUUUACAGACCGUUGCAUUCGGAGGAUACAGACGAGGAAGACUUCACGAGAAGCUGA